AAAUAAAAAAACAGAGUGAAUUCCUUCGCACGCACACCUUCCUUCUCAUUUCUAUUUGUUAAACCGCCGUGACUCAUCGGAAUAUUCGCCGUCCGAUCACCGUCCGAUCGCCGCCGUUCUUCGAUAACCUAAACUGCAUUUUUUAUUAAAUAGAUUGUUCGUGUCUUCCUAUUCACUACAUACACUUGUUUUUAUUGUUUUGUUUCGAUUCUGAUUCUGAAUAUCAUCUCCGAUCAACUCGCCGGAGUAUUAGUAGUUGUGGAAUUUAGGUUUUGAUCAAAACUUUCUACUAUGAUGUCGGAAGACGGUGGCGGAGACGGUUAUAGGACGCCGGCACGUUCGGUUAGGGUGUCUCCGCCGGCGGUUCCUGUUGUCUCUGUUAGUUUUCCGGCUGAAACGACUUCGUCGCCGUCAGUUGUACCGGAGCAAAUCGUGAACGCUUCAACCGAUAUGUAUCCGCCGGUGGUUUCUGUUACUUCUCCGGCCGAAACAACGUCGUCGUCGUCACUUGUACCAGCAUUACAGGUGUCUGCAAGUGUGAAUCCUGCUUCAACUCCAAACCAUGUAGCACAUUCUGGUCAGAGGUUGAUGAGGCGAGGCGGAGGGAUUUCGGGUCAGGAUCAGGGCCAACAUAGAAACUUUUACAACAGGAAUACCAAUAUGCAACCUCAGAUGGGUGGUUACAUGCAACCGUCUGCACAUAAUUCAACUCCUUUUAUUCCUCCACCAAUGCCCCUGCUGGUGCAGCCGUUAGGCAGCAAUGUCCCAACUGGUGUAAUUUAUUUUAGAGGUCCACCACCUCCACAAAUGUUUCCAGGUCCAUUCUACUUCCGUUUUGCAGAGCCUUUGCCUGACAAGAUACGGAAACAAAUCGAGUACUAUUUCAGUAUUGAGAAUUUGGUCAGAGAUACAUACUUGAGAGGAUUCAUGGAUGAACAGGGCUGGGUUCCUGUUAGUUUAAUUGCAGGCUUUAGAAAAGUUUCGUGUCUGACUGAUAAUGCUCAGCUAAUACUUAAUGUAAUGCAGUAUUCAGAUAUUGUGGAAGUUCAGGGUGACAAGAUGAGGAGGCGUGAUGACUGGAUGAGGUGGCUAAUCCCUCCAGGUGUUCAAGAUCCAUUGGUUUAAGUGACAUGAGAAUAAUCAUAUGUGAUACAUAUAGAUAUAAAUAUCUAUAUCUGUAUAUAGAUAUGUAUGUAUAUAUGUAUAUACACACAAAAGACCUCGAUGAUGAUGCGGGCUAUCUUGGAUUUCUACGGAGAUUCACUGGUAGAUGGAAAUGGUGUUUUGAGAGGCACAUUAGAUUAUACACAAAAAAAACCAACCAAAAACAAAAAAAAAAAAUGAAAAAACAAAAACCAAAAAGAAUGGAAAAACAAAAACCAAAAAAAAUAUAUCGAUAUAUACACACAAUUAGAACAUGAAACAUAUAGAGGAUAGAGUUAUUGUGACUUUGGAGAUGGUUGACUUUGUAUUUGUUGGAUUUAUAAUAUUUUCUUUUUGGACCUA